CAAGUGGACUCCUCUCCUCUCCUCACCCGCUAUCUCAUGCAUGAACCAUCCCCGCUUACAAGUUAGACGUAGUCUCAUUCUCUAUCUUACAAUACUACCACAAAUAAUUCAUCCGUUCGCCCUCGGAUUGGAUCCAAUAUCAUAAUGCGCUCUCUCGCCGAGCUACUGCUCAUAAUACUGUUCCUGUGUCUGCUUCGCGCGCAGCCGCUGGACACGAGCUGCGCGCCGGCGGCCUGUGGCAACCUGACCAUCACGUAUCCGUUCUGGCUGCGCGGCCACCACGAACCUAGCUGCGGCUACCCGACCUUCGGCGUCACAUGCGACGACCCCACUGGCGCCACGCCGCCCAGCCUCGGCGAGUCCUACCUCCGCCUCCUGGACAUCAGCUACGGCAACCGCUCUGUCGUGGCCUUCCACAGCAGCCUCGCCGCCAACAGCAGCGACCCCUGCCGGGCGACGCGGUUCAACCUGUCCAGCAGCCUCACGCUCUCACCGCUGGCCGUCAGCGGCGCCAACUGGGAGCUCUUCUUCUCCAACAACUGCUCGCGCGCGCCGCCGCCGCCCGCGGGGGCGCUCUGGCUCAAAAAUUGCUCCGGCAGGGGUACGUGGUCCGUGCACCUCAGAGGGAGGUACGAGGCUACAGCGUCGCGGCCAGCAGAGUGCAAGUACUCGGUGGUGCCGGUGCUGCCCGGGGCGGAGCUGACGGCAUGGGCUGACUACGCGGGAAUCGUGAGGCGCGGGUUCCUGCUGGAGUGGACGGUGCCCGGGGACUGUGCGGCGUGCACCGCGACCGGCGGCCGGUGCCGGUUCGAGGCCGGCGCCAACGCGUUCGGGUGUCUCUGCCCCGGCAGCCGCAUGCACCCGGCCACGUGCGGUAGCAAGGGGACUAGCAAGAAGAUUAUUCUAAUAGCUGUGACAUCAGCUGCUGGAGCCUUGCUCUUUACAUGUAUUUAUGUCCUGGUAUGGCGCAAAAAAGGUAAAAGACUAAGGUUUCUCCUUUGCAAGAAGACUAGCAGCAACACGGAAAAGAAUUAUGAGGCCAUGAUAGUAUCGUACGGAUCCCUAGCUCCAAAAAGAUACAUGUAUUCAGAGGUAAUGAAGAUAACAUCUUCUCGCAGCGAUCAGCUUGGAAAAGGAGGUUAUGGUGUUGUUUUCAAAGGAAGACUGCAUGAUGGUCGUCUGGUCGCAGUAAAAUUCUUGCAUGACUGCAAAGGAAAUGGGGACGAGUUUGUUAAUGAAGUUAUGAGCAUUGGCAGGACCUCUCAUGUUAAUGUUGUUAGUUUAUAUGGGUUUUGUUUGGAGGGAUCAAAGCGAGCUCUUAUAUAUGAGUACAUGCCCAACGGUUCCUUGGAUAAGUACAUUUAUUCAGAGCACCCCAAAGAAAUUUUAGGAUGGGAGAGGCUUUAUGGGAUAGCAAUAGGGAUUGCUUGUGGCCUCGAAUACUUGCACCAUAGUUGUAAUACACGUAUCGUCCAUUUCGAUAUCAAGCCCCAAAAUAUCCUUCUAGACAAAGAUUUUAGACCAAAGAUUGCUGAUUUUGGUCUAGCUAAAUUGUGUCAUACAAAAGAGAGCAAGGUUUCAAUGAUUGGUACUAGAGGAACAAUUGGAUUCAUCGCCCCAGAAGUUCACUCGCGAACCUUUGGAGUGGUUUCAACAAAAUCGGAUGUUUAUAGUUAUGGAAUGAUGCUUCUGGAGAUGGUUGGAGGUAGGAGAAACGUAAAAUCAAUUGUUGCAAAAUCCAGCGAAAAAUAUUUUCCAGAUUGGAUUUAUGACCACUUUGCGCAAGAUGAUGGACUACAAGCAUGUGAAGUCACAUCAGAAAUUGAGGAAAUCGCAAGAAAGAUGACCUUAAUUGGCUUGUGGUGCGUACAAAUAUUGCCUGCAUAUCGCCCUACCAUAACAAAAGUUCUAGAAAUGUUCGAGAGAAGCUCAGAUGACAUGGACAAGCCACCGAAGCAAAACUUCUCUGGAUUGCUUGAAAGUUCAGCUCACAAUAUGGAUGUACAAAGUUCAAGCUCUACCAGAUCUGAGGAGAUCAGCCUUGUGAAUUCAAAAAACCUACAAAAAUCGCCAACUCUUUGAUAGAUAGACCGUCUGAAUUAAAGAACCUACAUUCAUUUCAACCCUGUGAGAUGGUGGCCAUGUACUAGAGUACAUUCAGAAAUUGAACAGGCGCAGUGAAAUUCGGCAUUGUAGUAGAACAUAUUCCAUGUAUGUAUGACCUAGAGUCAAGAGCAUCCAAAUGCCAGCGUCCUA